UGAGUAGUUUACGGUGAGGGCAGGCUAAUGACAGUCCAAACGGUAGUGAUUAAAUUAUAGCUGCAUCAAGCAGUAUCAAAGGCAACCGAAAUUUAACGACGAAGCGAAGAGAGUGUGGAAGGAACAUGUUCCUGUUUACCGAUUCUCCAAACCACGGGUGGGCGCUUUACUCCAGCUGCGUGUUUCUUCUUCACUCUUCUCUGUUAACGUAGUCCUGCGUUACUGUCUGGUAUUAUGGCAGCGGCUAACUCUGUUCUUUCUUUGGCCUCUUUGUGCCUUUCGGUUUUAUUGUCAUGUAUGUGUAACUUCUCUUUGGGAUCAGAAAUAAGUUUUGUCACUUGUGGUUCGGUCGUCAAGCUGCUUAACGUGAAGCACAACGUAAGACUACAUUCUCACGAUGUCCGGUAUGGCUCCGGUAGUGGCCAGCAGUCAGUGACUGGAGUCACCACAGUAGAGGACAGCAACAGUUACUGGAGUGUCCGUGGCACCAGUGGAGCAACAUGUCAUCGAGGGACUCCUGUGAAAUGUGGGCAAAACAUAAGGCUCACGCAUGUUAACACAGGCCGAAAUCUGCACAGUCACUACUUUGCAUCUCCACUGUCAUCCAACCAGGAGGUCAGUGCCUUUGGAGAGGAUGGUGAGGGUGACCAUCUUGAUGAGUGGACUGUACUUUGCGGAGGCUCUUUAUGGCAGCGUGAGGAGUCGGUGCGUUUCCGCCACACAGCCACAGAAGCUCUGCUCUCGGUAACAGGCGAGCAGUACGGCAGGCCCAUCCAUGGCCAGAGAGAAGUACACGCCAUGACCAGCUCCAGCCAACACAGUUACUGGAAAGCCAUGGAGGGUAUUUUUAUGAAACCUAGUGAGACAGGACCCAGGGACUUCAGCAGCCCUCCACACACUGAGUUCUGAAUGGUUUCUCUUCAGCAAGCCAUUGCUCUGACAGCGCAGUCGUUAAAGUUGUAUUUCCAUUCUAAGGAGAUUAGGAAUUUUGAUCUGUUACUGAAUUUACAUUCAUAAGAUUGUACCUCAUACCGUUACACUUGAAAUACGAUGACUGCACUACAGUAUGAAGAGAAGAUGGAUGCUCCUGACAAUUUUUUUGUACCACAAAAGACUUUUUUUUUUUUCCCUCAAUGGAUUUGUACUUAAAGGGUCCAUAUCAUGGAAAACCAAAUUGCCCAUCGUGUUUUUGAAAUAAAGAAGUUUAAAGGAAUAUCUAAACAUUGGUACAUUUGAAAAUUUUAACAUUCACUGGCUAGUCUAUAUGGUCCAUAUCUGGAAGCUAUGCUACAAAAUAUGAGGACCAGCUGAUUUUUUUAUAUAUAUAUCCACCUAUUCAGCCUACAGAUGUUUAGCCCCACCUAUCCAGUUCAUUAAAGUGAGUUAAUUAAAUCUUAGUGCUUUUGAAUGAGGCACAAUACAGGGGAGCCAAUCAGAACAAAGAUUUUUUGUUUUAAAUCUUAAAUCAGUCCUAAAUGCACAGUAACAAAAAUGGCCUAAGGGAUAAAGGGGGGUUGAUAAUGGUCAUGUAAAAAUGAAUUAUAACCAUUUUUUGUGCAUAAAACUGAACAAAUGUUAUAAAUGGACCUCAGGGAAAAAAUAAAAAAGUAGGAUAUGGGCCCUUUAAUUUUUCAAAAGCUUAGUAAUUUGUAAAUUACAGGUUAUACAACAGCAGUAACUAGCAUAGUAGGUAAUACCUUAGAAAAUUUUUUUAAUUAAAUAUUUCUACAAAAGCACUGCCAUCUCUUUGCUCUCCACAUGUGAGGCAGUGUAUCUUUUGCUGCCUGGAGUUUUGUUUAUGAGCACUGCCUUCAUUUACAACAGGAACACCAGAAUGGCUGGGUUAUAUUAAACAUGCAGUAUUAUUUGUAUGAUUGUGAUACUACAUAAACCUUCUUAGAAUGUGGUGAGUGGGUUGCUGUAGUUGACAAAGCUGUCUGACAUUUAAGGUGUUGAUUACCGGAUGAAAGCAGUGUCCAUGUCCAGGUAAUGUUAUACCAGCUCACCCAUCAGUAUUCCAAACAGUCCUCCUCUAUUUGACCAUAAUCCCUUUAUUCUUUAUACAGACCAUACAAAUAAAUCAGUUAUGCAUCCAA